ACAAACUUCCCUCUCUUUCUCUCUCUUCUUCCAUUUGCAGCUUCGCGCCUUCUCUCUCUCUCCUCUGUUCCAUCAGAACGGAACCAAGAAAACCCAGAAAACCCUAUUCUCAGUCUCACACACACAUUGAUUUAUGGGAAAGUACAUGAAGAAAUCGAAGCUUACAGGCGGCAUUGCAGUCAUGGAGGUCUCACCGCAGUCCUCUCCGGGACUCCGUACUAGAGCUGCUAAAACCCGUGCUCUACAGCGCCUCAACAAAUCCUUCUCUCAAUCCGCCGCUGUUUCGAGCCCUAGAGCGGCGGCAUCUUCCUCUUCUUACUUGCAGCUGCGCAACCGUCGACUUGAAAAGCCUCCGGUAUUCCGGCAGCUGCAUAAGGCGCAGCAGGACGGCGAGUGUUGCGAAGAUGGCUUGAGUCGUGAGUGUUCCUCUAAUGAUUCUCGGUUGAAGCGGGAUUUGGCGGACUCGGGUUCGGAGAAGAGGAAGCUUCGUGUGGAAACAGGGAGUGGAAAUGCUAGGGAUUUCGAGGAUUAUUUUGGCGAGAACUGCCCGGACUUUGGAGGUGAUAAUAGGGGAACUGCAGAAAAAAUACAUAGCAGCUUGGUUAGAGAUUUAAGAACCAACAAAACAUCAUACUCAACCCGGAUGGAGACAAAUUCACAUACAACCAACUCAGGAGUAGAGAUGGAGUUGCUUAAAAGUAUCCCUACUGCAAAUGACAUAGAGGAGUUCUUUGCUCAAGAAGAGCUAUGGCAUCAAACGACGUUUAUUCAGAAGUAUAACUUCGACUUUGCAAGUGAAAUGCCUCUCCAAGGACGAUAUGAAUGGGUGCAAGUGGUUCCCUAAGUUAGCUAUGAUCUCGAUUCUCAAGUGUCUCGUCUCUAUGAAGCACAUUUUGGGGUCACAGGAUGAGUUUAGCUCUCUAUAGCAAACACAAAGUUGGGGCAUAUCUCAUACUAACCAACCAGCUUUUAAUCCAUAUUUAGUUAGAAGAGACAUUUGGAAGAAUGGUGGAUAGUACAUAAAAGCGUCUCUCGUCGUCAUUUGUAAUGUUAUCUCAACUGUUCCAGUUGUCCAUAUCUGGGUUAGUUUGUCUUUGAAAUUAGUAAAAUAAAUGAAGUUUCUUCACCA